CGCAAUGUUUACAAAACAGCCUAGCAGAGAGUCAGUUGUUGAACCUAAUCAAGACAAAAGGAGGCCAAAAUUAUGUCAGCUGUGAUAAGACGAGUUUGCACCUCCAGCCAGCAUUAUAAGCAUCAUUUAGCAGCCUUGUAUUCUUUGCCUUUGAAAACCACCAGCCACUACAUCCACUCCACUCCAUGGCUGAGUUCAGGCGGAGACCCUCCACCUUCGAAGAUGAGAGUUAUGUACAUCCCAAAUCCUCUGAAGUGGCUUAACAAUCGCGUAGAGAUCGCCAACCUGAAAAGAGAUUUUGACCCAAACUUCAAUGAAGAAGAUUUCAAAGUUGGUGCAAAACAGGGAGUGUGCACAGUCUCAGAACUUAUCCACAAGCGGGAAUGGGGUGACCUGACUGGGCUCGUCACUCAGAAAGUUAUUGACAAGCUUCGCAAAACCAAAUGGACAACUGACCAGAUCCAUAAUCUAGUUCUCUCACCAGACCAUGUGCAAGUUGUGCAGUUAAAUAACAUAAGUUUGCAAACUAUUGUUGCCGACUCCAAACAUGGCACCUCGGAGAGGCCAUGCCAUCGAAAGUACUGUGAUAUCGAUGUGAUAGUUAUAGGGACAUGCAUUCCCUAUAAUCUGGAAAAACAUUCAGUUAUAUUGUUAGAGUAUUUUGCAAGAUUCCAUCGUGAAUACACAGAAGGCAAGCUUCCGGAAUGGACAAUAACAAAGUUUAAACUGCAGAAUUUUCAAGCUGUCCAACGGAGAUAAGGAAAUAAAUUUGAUGUUAAAAGUAGCACGGAAAUUUAUUUUUAAACUGUUUCAACAAUAAUCAAAGGUACAUAAUAUGUUAGCUAUUAACUCUUGAUAUUUGUAAAUAAAGAGUGUAUAUGAUAUAUAUAUAUGUAAGUAAAAUCUGCUUUGUAAAGAUUGGAUGGAAUAAUGGUUAAAUAUAUUCCUGUUGUUAAUUUUCAGUGUGCCUUUUGAUGUCAUAACUUGACUAAACCAUUCGAAGAUUCAAUUGUUUUGAAGAAAGUCUUCCUCUCUUUCUCAAUUUCUCUCCAUUUAUAAUAAAGCAAGUCUCCCCCCCUCCCCCCCUAUACAGUCACGGAUAUUUCCUUGGUGAGUUUUUAUUUCUUUUCUUUUUUUUUCUUUAUCUUUAUCUUUCUUUGCAACUUUAGAUAAAUUGUAAUAUGAAAUGAGGUUCAAAUCACCAAGGGCAAAUACUUUUCUUCUUUUUUUUUCCCUGAUUGAUAUUGAUUAUAUUCAAAAUAUCUUUAAUAACAUAAAUAUGCUCUUUUGAAAUUCUAAAUUUAUCAUUAUAUAAACAGAUUCUUUGAAGUAAUGUGUUUCAUGGAAAAUGGAAAGAAGAAUAAUG